AUGAAACUACAGGAUGAAUUGAAAGUGGAUGAUGAUUGUAAGGAAGAAAUAAUCGCAAAGCUAAAUUUGUACGCGUGGGUGGAGUUUAAACUUGGCAAAAUUGAGGAGGCGAAAGAACUCAACGAGGAGGCUCUAAAACAGACGGAUCGGGAAAACAUCACUUCAGUUUUAAGCCAAGCCUAUAUUUUAUGGAAAGAUGGCUAUGACAUAAAGGCUCAAAAUUGUCUCGAUGAAGCGGAAGGGUUGAAAAAGGGAAUUGAAGGUGAGAAAUUGUUGACGGAAGCCAAGGCAGAGUUGGCGUAUUCCUACAGUAGGUUAGGGGGCACCGAAAACUUAUCACGCGCCAUUGAAAUUUACACAGAUGUUGUCGAAAGCCAGCCCGAAAGAUACGCUUGGAAGUACAGACUGGGUUUGGCGCACAGACGAGCAACUCAUGGGAAUAUCUCUACAGUUUUGCCAUCGAAGAUACCCGUUGUAGAACAUACA